AAAAAAUUUAGUAUAAAUAUUCAGCGAUUCAGAUGCUAGGAUAUCAAAUUACAACUAGUCAUUUAACAAAGUAGUUCAACUGCUUAAAACAAUAACAAGUAAUUAAAGAAAAAUGUACGUAAAAACAAUUAUCUUCACUCUGGCAACAUUAUGCGUUGCAGUAUGGACAUACCCAAUGAAUUUCGAAGAUGAAAUAGGACCUGACAAUUAUUACGAAAAAACUCCAUACGAAUUGACACGAGUUCGUCGUUCUCCAUUUGGAGCUUUUGGAUUUAGAAAUAAUUUCCCAACUGGUGGCUAUUCACAAACAGCUGGUUUUGGACAAGGACCAUAUAGUGCUUCAGUUUCACAAGAUUUUAAUAGUCGUGGUUUUGGUGGUCCACAAACAUUCAAUGCUGGAGCUAAUUUUGCUAAUCCAGAUACAUUAAGUGGUGUAAAUUUUGGAUUAAGUAAAACACCAUCUUUUGCUGGAAGCGCUACCGCUGGAGGUUCAAUUAACUUACAUCAUACACCAACUAGUAAUAUUAAUGCUGUGGUACAACAUACUCAACAUUACGAUAAAGAUUGGACUCGUGUUGGACAAUCAAAUUUUGCUGGACUUCAAUAUCAAAAUAAGGAUACAAGUGUUGGUGUAGGUGCUACACGUGUUGAACCUGUUUAUGGGAAAGGGGAAACACAAUAUGGAAUCACUCUAGAAAAGAAAAUCUAAAUUUUCAAAUUACCAAUAUUUAUAUUUAAUUUAU